AUGUCAGCUGGGUCCCAAGGCAGAGGUGGUGCCGUGAGGCGUAGGCCACGCGCCGAAGAUUCCAACCAAGUUGCGCUAUACUUCACCUAUGGCAGCAACCUCCAUAUCGCCCAGAUGGCCGACCGUUGCCCCGAAAGUAGAUUUAUAGGUAAAGGCACCUUGACUGGAUACCGCUGGCAGAUCAAUUCACGAGGCGUGGCCAACGUCGUCGAAACCGGCUCCCAUCAUGAUAAGGUGAAGGGUCUGGUAUUUGAGGUAACCCGCGCCGACGUGAGAAUCCUAGACCGCUACGAAGGAGUCAGGUCGGGCGCCUACAGUCGGGAGACCUUGAACGUCUACGUAACACCCAACGACGCCCACGCCCGCAAGAGGAGCACCGACCUUGCCGCAAGGCUCGAAACCUACUACCAGGGAGCCCCCCGACGUAGCGGUCUAGCUGGCAACGACACCAUCGAGAGGGUGAAGCUUCCUGCAUUGGUCUACGUCAGCCUGGAACACAACCAGGACGGCACCAUCCGCGACGAGUACAUUGCGCGCAUGGCAAAUGCCAUGGCCGAUGCGAAGGUGCUCGGCGUCGAUUCCAAGUAUAUCAGGGAGGUCAUGGCUCCGCUGUGUCAACCCCCGAGCGAACAGCCCGGCGCCUCUCAGCCCCCACCAACGGAGGUGUUCUUAGACGUCUUGGGCUUACACGUCCCCGGGAACAGCGACGCCCCGCCGAAAGGCCCCCUGCUGUCGAGAGGCCCCCUACUGGUGACAGGCUCAGUGCCGGCGGCGGCGGCGGGAGACUCGUCCAACGCCGCUCUAGAGCUAAUCUCGUCACGGUUGAACCGAGCGCCCGACGAGUUCCCGCCGAACAAGCGCGAACUCGAAUCGAACGAGAGCGCCGCGGAAAAGAAGUGGCCCUGCCAGAGCGCCCCCGUCGAAGACAGCAGGACGGGGAAGGCGAGAGCGGCCGCGAAAACGACGGACCGUCCGACACUGCCACGCCUAAACGGGCGGCAACCAAAGCGACGGCGACGGCGACUGGCGAGGGCGGCAAUGGUAACGCAUCGACGGCAACUGCGAACGGAUCCCGCGGUCGCACCCAAGCGGGCAGCAGCCAAGAAUGAGAACGGGACCGGUCCGAGGGCCACAACAAACGGCGAGGGUGGCACGACGACACCCGCAAACGCAUCUGGGGCCCCGGCUAAGCGGCCGGCGGUCAAAGCUGAUAAUGGCACUACUCCGAGAGCCACGACGAACGGCGACGGCGCUUCCGCGACGGCAACGACCAACGGGUCUGCGACCGCACCCAAGAAGAAGGCGGCAAUUACCAAGACAGGUACCGACGACGCCACGGCGACGGCAACGACCAACGGGUCCGCCACCGCACCCAAGAAGAAGGCGGCAACUACUAAGACAGGUACCGACGACGCCACGGCGACGGCCACCACGGCGACGGCCACCACGGCGACGGCCACCACGGCUACAGCUACCACGUCUACGGCUACCGCGGCCACCAACGGGACGGCGACCGCCACCAAAACGAAAGCGUCGACCAAAAACGAGACGGGCGCCGGUGAUAAGCCGGCGGCAACCGGAGCGGCCGCCACCACCAAGACGAAGGCGACCAAAACCGAGACUACACCCGCCCAAUCUUAG